UUUGGACAGCAAGUGCUGCGAAAUCACAAAUUUUGUACAUGACUAUGAAGAACUGGCUGGCUAAACACAGUUAGUUGUGUUUCAGAAGCUGGGUCCCUUUGUGGAGAUCUUUGCCUGCAGAACACUGGAGAUAACCGACGGAUGCUGCUGGCAAUACAGGCAAGAGACCUCUCAACAUGGAACCAUCUUUAAAAACCCUCUUUCUUGGAUGGUGGAUGCUUGGGCAGUUGUGGAUGUCUAGAGGAGAAUCAUUUUCCAAACCUUCCAUCUCUGUUCACCCCAAAGGGAUGGUUGCUUUGGGUGGAAAUGUCAGCAUCCACUGCCAGACACAAAGUGAACAAUAUGUCGAGUUCUAUCUCUCAAAAGAUGUAAUUUCAUCUAAGAGCACAGCAGAAACCAAAGAUGCAGAUCCACAUGAGGUGAUAUUUCCUAUUUUUAAUGCCAAGAAAACAGAUGGAGGAAAGUACUGGUGUUUAUAUCACUUCAAGGGAGACCAAAUUAAAUGGUCACCUCACAGUGACACUGUAUAUAUCAACCUAACAGAUCCCACAUUGCCCAAACCCUCCAUCAAGAUGAUACCUACAAGAGAGAAUGCUCUGGGGUUGAAUGUUACCAUCCAGUGCCAAGGGGCAGAGAAAGGUCUGACUUUUGCCCUUCAAAAGGGAAGUAUGCAGAUAGCAUUUCAGGCCACAGAUGCUGAGAUGGACACCGCUGAGUUUUCUUUUGUCAUGUUGAGGAUGGAGGAUGCAGGGAGCUACACUUGCCAAUACCACCACAGAAGCAAUCCAUUUGUCUGGUCAGAACCAAGUGAGCCUGCAGAGCUGGUCUUGAGAGAUCGCUCCACAGCAACUAUACCAGCAAUCAUACCAGUCAGUAUUGCUGCAGGCCUUCUCUUCUUGGUUCUCCUCUUGUUGCUUGUCUGUGUACUGCAGAAAAGAAAGAAGAAAGGCUCCAUUGCAGAGGAAAGAAGUCAACCAAUGAGCAAACCCUUACAACCUGAUGCUGGAGAAGAGCCUGAUGAAGUCUCCUAUGCAGUAUUGAACCACCAGUCAAAGAAAACCAAGCAAGCAUCCAGUCUUCUUGACAGAUGUCCCGAGGCCUGCGUCUAUGCAUCUGUUGCCAAAAAUUGGGAUCAGAGGGUUGGCAAGCUUUGUGGGGAAGGAUUAGAGAUUCAGCAUCAGGUUCUGCUGCUCAGAUACCUUGCAACUAAUGGAGUCAUCUUUCUAGGGUGGUGGUUGACCAGGCAGAGAUGGAUGGCAAGAGGACAAUAUUUACUCUGUCCUUCCGUCUCGGUGAGCCCCAGUGCAGUAGUUCCUGUGGGGGGAAAUGUCACCAUCAGUUGUAAAAGUGAAAUGCACCAGCAUGUGACAUUUGAGUUGGUCAAAGAAGAAUCUGCAUCAUUAUCAACACUGAGCAGUAAUGUGGCAGAGAAGAACGAGGUGACAUUUCUUAUUGCCAACGCCAAACACUCAGAUGAGGGAACCUACUAUUGUAUCUACAGAGAACCCUCUCAAGCAUGGUCACCUUACAGUAACGAAGUACAUAUCAAUAUAAGAGAACAAGUUUAUCCCAAGCCAUCUAUUUCACUGAAUCCAAACAAAGUAAUUGCACUGGGUGAAAAUGCUACCAUCCGUUGUAAGAGUGAACUGUACCGGCGAGCAGAGUACUCUCUCAUUAAGGAAGGGGCUCUUGAUAUUAGACAAGUCAAAACAGCAGAAUGGGAAGACGUUGUAUUUUCCAUUGCCAAUGCUAACCAAUUGGAUGCAGGAAUUUACUGGUGUGAAUAUGGACUGAACACUCGAUAUUCCUAUUUCAGUGAAAUAGUGUACAUCAACUUAACAGAUCACAGUUUCGUCAAACCCACGAUCAGAAUGAGACCCAAAGGACAGCAUGCUCUGGGUGCAAAUGUCACAAUCCUGUGCCAGGGGCCAGAGAAUGAUCUGACAUUCUUCCUAUAUAAAUCAAUGGACCUGAGAGCAUCACAGGAAACAGGGCCAGAGAGUAAUAUGACUAAGUUCUAUGUCCUUAUGAUCAGAUUGGAGGAUGCAGGGAGCUAUACUUGUCAGUACCACAAGAGAGGAAAUCCCUUUGUGUGGUCAGUGCCCAGCAAGGCUGCAAGGCUGGUUGUGAGAGACGCCAGCCUUUUCAAACCCUCCAUCAAGGUAAGAUCUACUCAGCAGACCCCUUCAGGCUUCAAUGUCACCAUUGAAUGCCAAGGUCCAGAGACAGAUCUGAUCUUCUCUUUGCACAAAUCCAUGGACCAAACGGCACCACAACCAAAGAAACACAGAAACGUGUCUACCUUCCAAGUCUUCAUGAUCGACUUGGAGGAUGCAAGACACUAUGCCUGUCAGUAUCACCACAAAAGUAAUCCUUUUGUGUGGUCAGAGCCAAGUGAUCCCCUGGAACUGGUUAAGAAAGACAGAUUUACCAUAAUUAUGUGGGCGAGUAUUGCUGCAGGGUCUCUCCUUCUGGUUCUUCUCCUGCUGUUACUUACCUUCAAACUUUGCAGAAAAAAGAUGAAGAGGUCUACUGCUGAAGAAGCAAACCAACCAGUGACCAUGCCCCUUGAGCCAGUAGCUGAAGCAGACCCCAAUGAAGUUUCCUAUGCUGUAUUAAACCACUACUCACUGAAGAUCAAACAGGCAGCUGAUCCUGACAGGGCCUCUGAACAUUGUCUCUAUGCAUCUGUGGCCAAAGAUAGAACCAGGAACCAAGAAGAGCCCAUAGGCAGGAUUUCUCAAGAAUGGGGAAAUUCCAAAAAGUCCUCUAUUUUGAGCAUGACUAGACAAUACUAUUAUCCCAAGCCUACUAUAGAUGUGAGCUCUGGAGAAGUGGUCCUUGGAGGAACUGCCAUUAUUUACUGUGUAAGGCCUGUGCAUUAUCAAGAGGCAAAGAUAUUCAGACUGUUCAAAGUGGUGAAUUCCAAGCCAGUUUUACAGAGGGAGGUGCCAGAGGAGUGGAACGUGGUCAACUUUUCAAUUCCCAAUGCCACCCAAUCAUUAGAGGGGAGUUAUGUUUGUAACUAUUGCUCAUCAGCCUACAAUGGCUAUUGCUCUGAGUACAGUGACAGGGUCUCCUUCAAAAUAAUAGGACAACUUUAUCCCAAACCUUCCAUUGCAGUGAUCCCCAAUGGUGUGGUCACUGAGGGACAAAAGGUCUCCAUCCUCUGUGAGAAUCAAGGACACCCACAAGCAGAGUUCUUUCUGCAUAAAGGACAGCCUCCUUGGAUAUAUAGGGCAAAUGAGCAGAAGGCACAACAAGGAAAGGCUACUUUUUCCUUUUUCAGCAUCCAACAAUUUCAUGCAGGAAACUACCAAUGUAAAUAUUGCUACCAAUCAGACACCUAUACAUUAUGCUCAGAUUACAGUGAGCAAGUACAGAUCAACAUGAGAGAUCCCAACCUACCCAAACCUGCCAUCAAAGUGAGACCAAAGGAGCAGAUAUUUUUGGGAUCAAAUAUCACCAUUGAGUGCUGGGCACCAGAAAGGGAUCUCAACUUUUCCCUGUACAAUUCCAGUGGCUUGAUAGCAUCACAAAUGACAAAAGCAGGCAGAAACAUGACAGAGUUCAUUUUCUCCAUGGCCGGGUUGGAAUAUGCAGGAAACUACACUUGUCAAUACUAUGUCAGAAGAAGACCAUUCCUGUGGUCCGAGCCAAGUGACCCUGUGGAGCUGCUUGUGGCAAACCAGACCCAAGGUAUAAAUGACUCAGUAGGAACCACAACCAUUAUACUGGCAAGCACUUCAGCAGGUUUUCUCCUGCUUCUCCUUCUCCUGCUGCCUGCCUUUGUCCUAUGCAGGAAAAGAAGGAAGGGUAAGUGGGUCUCUAAGGCAUUUUUUAAAGUAACAGAGAGACAAUGUGGUAUAGUGGAUUGAGUGCUAGACUAAGAC